GCCGGGUUCCACCACCAGGCUGCACAGGAAACUGCUGCGCCUCCUGCUCCCCUCUCCGCCGGGCCCCGCCGCGGGCUUCGCCUCCAGCCGCCGCCGGGGCUGCGCCGCGGACCAGCCGCUUUCGCUUUCGCCUUCGAGUCUCCUCCGCUGCUGGAGCCCCGGGACCCCCGUGAGCGGUCAGGUUGAAUACAUGGAGAGAGAAGAAGCAAGCUAUCUAAGGAGUGGACCCUCUCUAAUUGGCACCAACAACUAAGAGAACCCACCAUGGAUUCCUGCAUUUCAUGAACUGAGUACUCGGGGAACCCCUUCAAGAACACUGGAUCUUUGUAAGUAGGAUCAGCAUUUUGACUGGAACUUGAACGCCUCAAAGAUUGAAGUGCAGCAGGAACUUGGAUGACUUGAAAGGUUGCUCAGUAAAUCAUCAAUUCAAGCAGGGCCUGUUUCCCCCCGCCCCCAACAGAACUUCACUAUUUAAAAACACCUGAUUAAGAUCAACAACCAACCACAUGUUCUGUUGCAAAUGGACUUCAUGACAUGUUGGCUUCCUGCUUAAAACACAAAAAGAGGGCAGAUAAACUUAAAGGACAGCAGCUUGUGAUGACAAAGUGCCAAGUGCCAGCUGCCCUCAUUCACCAGAUUGAGCAGGAAUUGGACGAAGAUGAAAAGGAGAUGAUGUUUUUUCUGUGCCGGGAUCUCAUUCCUGAUUUAUCUAAUACAGACAUCAGGGAGCUUCUGGGGAUGCUGAAUGAGAAGGGAAAGCUGCUGUUGGGCUUGUCUGAGCUUUUAUACAGAGUGAGGAGGUUUGACUUGCUGAGAAGGGCCCUGCGGACAGAGAGAACAGCAGUGGAGACUGAUCUGGCGAGAUAUCCUAGAAUGGUCUCUGAUUACAGGGUGCUGAUGGUAGAGAUUAAUGAAGAGCUGGAUAAAAAAGAAGUGGGUUCUCUCACCUUCCUGCUCAAGGAUUAUGUGCCACGUAUGAAAAUGGCAAAAGAUAAGAGUUUCCUGGCUGUUGUCAGUGAUCUAGAGAAACUAAAUCUGGUGGCUCCUAAUCAGUUGGAUUUGAUAGAAGACUGUUUGCAGAACAUUCAUAGGAUAGACUUGAAAAAAAAGAUCCAGCGGUACAAAUGUGCAGCUCUGUCCAACAGUGGUUCUCAGCCAAUGUAUAUAAAUGCACUUCAGGCAUCUCUCCCUAACCUGACUCUCAUUGACCCUCCCUACAGUUCAGGGAUCCAGAAUGUGAACAAAGAAAGAUCAUUAAGUGGACAACAUGCCAUUCAGACAGAGCCAGUUCACACAUCAGUACAGGAAUCGGGAGCCACCUCAUCUCAGGGGAAUAAAAAGGUGUAUGACGAUCGGUACAGAAUGCAGAGUUGGCCUUUAGGAAUAUGCCUGAUUAUAGAUUGCAUUGGCAAUGACACAGAUAUACUGGAGGACACCUUUAAAGCUCUAGGCUUUGAAGUUCACUGUUACCAGUAUUUAAGUGUGGAAGCCAUGAAUCAAACAUUCCAUGAAGUUGCAAGGCUGCAAAAGCACAGAGACUAUGACAGCUUUAUUUGCAUAUUGGUCAGCCGGGGGAGCCCUCAGAGCAUCUUCUGCACAGACCAGACCUUUCCUGGGUACCCCCUGGAUCGAGUGAAGAAGUUUUUUACUGGAGACUCAUGCCCUGAACUCCUAGGGAAACCAAAGCUCUUCUUUAUUCAAAGCUACAUUGUGCCAGCAGAUCAGCAAGAACCCACCAGUCUGCUGGAGGUGGAUGGGAAUGAACAGAAAAUCACUGCCAAUUCCAGAAGAGCUAGGAACUGUAGUAUUCCCCCAGUAGCAGACAUCUUUUGGAGUCAAUGCAAGGUGGAUGUGUCUGUGUUAGAAAGAUCACCCAGCUCAUCCUCCCAUUAUCUACGCUGUCUGGCUGAGCUCCUGUGCAAUCCUCAUAAAAGAAAGCUCCCCCUACUGGAUAUCCAUAUUGAGCUGAACAGCAGAGUGUAUGAUUGCAACAGGACCUCAGAUCCACAGCAACAAUACUCACUCCUGCUACAACACACCUUGAGGAAAAAACUCUUUCUUUUUCCCAGUUAAAAGCUAAUGGAAAUUGCAUGGGACACGAUGUUAAGAUGGGGAUAUCCAUGUGGGCUUUAUCUUCAAUUGUCAUUGUUCCAUGCAUUUUUGAAGUGCCUGUUGCUGGAGUAUCUGAGUAUUUUAGAAACAUUUUGGAUGUUGAGGCAUCACAUGUUUCCAAUUUUAAACUUUAGGCAGAAGCUAGGAUAAGAGAGGCAGGUAAUCCAUAGCUCUGCAGCAGAUCUUAUAAGCCAACCAAGCAGAAGGACAAUGUUGAAAGGAUUCAAAACGACAGAUUUCUUGUAUUUAGUUAUGUUUUGAUUUUUGAAACAUAGCCAUUAGCAGUGCCUAUUCCGUGCUCCAGUAUUUAAACCAACACAAGAAUCAGCUAAAUUGAUAAGACUGCCACCCCAUAUAUAAUUAUAAUUCAUUCCCAGCCCAUAGUUAGGCAGGAGCUCAUUCCAGAGUCCAGGGGCUGUUGGAGAGACUGCCCCCCUGGCAGCUCCAUCUCUUUUGUAGCAAAGGAGCUCUGGCUGGCAUGCUUCUCCUGAUUGUGGCAGCACGGAAUGAGAGGAGAGGCCAUUUUAAAGGUCAUCUGGACCCAAACUAUCCAAGGCUUUAAAGGUCAAGACCAACACCCUGAGUUGUACCCAGAAUCCCACAAGUAGUUAGUACAGCUCACAGAGCACUGGUGUCAUAUACUCACACUUAACAAACAGGCUCUCACAUUCUGAACUAACUUCAGCUUCCCAAUGGUCCCAAGAUGUAGCCCUACCUGAAGUGCUUUACAGUAAUCUAAUCUCUCAGUGACAAAAGCCUAGGUAAGGGUAGCUAGGCCUGCCUCUGAAAUAAGAGAUUAUACUUGUCACACCAGGCACAGAUGGAUAAAGGUGCUCAUUGCCACAGCUGACCCCUGAGUAUCCAGCAGCAGCCCAGGGUCUGACGAGACUGCUUAACUGAAUCUGGCUAGCAAAUAACAGCCACCUUCCACCAAGCAGAGGAGUUUAUGUAGCUAGCCCAGUUCCUAGGGCUCCUUGCUCCCACCCUUCUAAUGUUAUUUCAGUCCCAUCUAGAAUGAGUCUCAGACAGCUAGAUUUAGUGCAUGCUCCAGUUUCAGGCAGACACCACGUCACCCAUUCCACUGCACCUUCAGACUCAGUCAUAAGGACAACGAACAACUAGGUAUUAUCCAUGUGCUAUAGACACUGCAACCUCUUCACACGCACAAGGUUCAGUUCUUCUUUCCCACUGCAUUUGUACGAGACAAAAGACCUCUGCUCAGUAAUUUUAUUUUUCUUAAUUACCUUCUCCAUUCCCUACAGGAACAAUAAGAGACAGGAUUACCAUAAAUGUAGCAAUUCCUUUCCCUUCCACUUUCUACAAGGCCCUGAUCCUGUAAGCUCUGAGGCAAGUGAGUGUGCAUGUGAGUACUUUUGGUUGAUCCUCAGUCUUUUUGCAGGAUUGGGGCCUGGAUGAGUCAGUUUUAAGUUCGUCACUGGCCUGACUGUGCUUCCAUCCAUGGCAUGGUCCCAUCAUCCUCCCUCCCUCCACACACACUUCCUCCCUCACCCUGCACACUUAAAGUAAGUAAACACAUAAACCCUGUUGGGAACUAUUUAAUAUUCUUGGUAUAGUUUCCUGUCUAGCAAACAAACUAAGGCCUUGUCUACCCUUAAAAGCUUUUCUGCUAUAACUAUACCAGAAAACUCUCCUAGAGUAGAUGCAGUUGAUAUCAGUUAUACCAGUUGCUGAUAUAGCUUAUGCUACUUCCCCUAGCAAAGUAAGCCAUUGCAAAAAGGACAUUUUUCCUGGUAUCCCUGCAUCCACAUGAGGGCUUUUACCAACAGCUAUGCCAGCAAAAUAUAACGUCCCUAACUGACAUAGCUAUGCAGGCAAAACUUUUAAGGGUAGACCAGGCCUAAGAGAGGGCUGCCAGAGGUGAAGUGGCUUGGCCAGUAAGUUUGUUUUAGAAGUGACUAUUCUGUUUCCCAAACCCACAGCAUAUUGCCUGCUGUGGGCUUGGCCAUGACUUUCAGUAACUCCCCCUUGAAGACUGCUUUUAAUGUUCAUCCCAAAAAAUCAGCACAAGCCUUGAAACAGUUCCUGCAGUCAAAACAAUGGAAGUUUAACAAUUAGCCCAGAGUUGGGCAAAAUGUGGCUGAGGAAAGAAGACUCAACCAAGAAAAUACAGAAACGGCGCAGAGAAAAACAUGUAUAUUUAUUUAUACUAAUAUAUAAUUUUAUGUAAUAAAAAUGUGUACAUAUAUAAUACAUAUUAAUAUUUUCACUUUGUAUGUGUCCUAAUUUUUUAAAAGAUUUUAACAAUUUGUUUAGUUUGUUUUAAUUUCAUAUUCAUUGUGAUGUUAUACAUAUUCUAUGUAGAGGAGGAAAUGAAGGAUUGUGAUAGGCAUAAGGGGAGUGGUUGGUAAAAGUUUGGGAUGAAUGUGACUCAUUCAGUGUUGUCACAGAUCUGAUCAGGGGCCCCCUUGCAGCCACCCCAGGACCGAACUACUGUGAGGGGAAUCUAAGCCUCUGUGGUUUACAGAGCUUGACUAGUGUCCAGCCACGUUACCAAUCUUAGAGUCCCUAGGUCACUAUUGGGGUGCAGACCUGCUAGUUAGUACCGCAUCCUGAGAGCUGGAACUCACUGUCCAGCUUCUUACCCCCUCUGGGUGCACUGGUGACCCCCUCUCACUUCAUAUUUGAACACACCGUCUUCCAGAACUCUACUGAAAGGUGUGACAUUUCUGGUUACAGUUUAACUCUCUCACUGGCAGACAGCAGUUGUGAAGCAGGUAACAUAUAGAGACUUUCUACAUGAUGAUGCUAGAUGAUGCUGUAGGCCAGAAUGCUGUGAGCAGUCUGAGGGACAGCUAACAGGUGCUGUGAUUCAAAACAUUGCAGGCAAAGGGAAAAUGAGGCACAGCCAAAUGGUGGUAGUGUGUGUCAGAACUCCAAUGGGAGAAGGGAGAUUGGGUAGUGAAGAGUACUGCCAAAUUACAUACCUACUAGAGGGGUGUGAACUCUGGCAAUCUGGAGAAAAUGGCUUCUGAGCAGGGCAUCUUCUGCCCUUUUGAAACCUUCUGGCCCGUGCUGUCAGCUGACACCCUUGCCAGCCCAACUUCUUGGGGAAGUGGGCCCCUUAAUUAAUCUAUGUUUUCAGUGGGGUCAGUUGGGGGAGGAAGCACACCACCUCUCCCCAGGAAGUGUAAAGAAAGUAGGGAGACUUCACCUUGCCCCAGGAGGGAAUGGCAAAAGAGAGUUGUUAAGUUAAGUGCUCUUCCAUUGAAAUGUAAUUGCUCUAGACAAUAGAUUUUCCUUCUGUCUAGGGGAACUGGUUUGUCAGGAGGGAGGUUGCCUCAUCAACAAAGUCACCUGGAGGAGGACAGCUGUGUGUGGAAACUGGUAAAGGUGCUGAUGGGGGGGCUGAAAGGUUUUAAAAGGACAAAAGCUGUUCUCAGGAGCCAUUUUCUCCAAUCAGUGAGGAUCCAGCCUGUUUGAGUCUGCCUGCCUGCCUGCCUUCCUGGACACUGAUGGUCCCCUAAAGAUUCAUAAGGGAAGGGUGACCUAAUGAGGGACACUGGUUUAAGAUCUUUUGUUUUGUAAAAGAGCAAAUGUGUUGGACUCUGUGCUAAGUAUGUGUGAAUUCCUUCCCAACUGUUGUAUGCCCCUGAGAGAGUUCAACUGUAACCCAUAAAUUUAGAGGAAUUCUAGGAGAAGGGAUGUUUAAGUACAGGAGAAUCUGAGGAGUCACUGCUAGCUGCUGUACAGCAGAUUCCAGCUCUCAGGAUAAGAGUGCUAGACAGCGAGCAGAUCUAUGCCCCAAUAGCAUGCCUAGGGAAUCUAAGCCUGGGGGAAUGGCUGGACUCUAUUUGGGCUCCAGGGGCUUAAAGUACCCAGGGGAUCCAGGGGUGGAUGCUCAGAGGAAGAGGGCAUCUGGCUGGACCUGUGACAUGUAUUUUAGAAACCUCUUUGGAGUGUUAUAGGGUAACUGUAUACCUCUUUCCCUGUCUAAAACUAGUUUAUCCUUGUUACCAAGUACUGGUAAACCCAGAUAAUCUGACAUUUGGAAGUCUCCCCCCCACCACCUGAAACUCUGGUUUUUCAAAUUUCAGCCAUGUGAUUUGUUGCCAGUUGGAUUUUCUUAUUCGUAUAAAGCUUGGAAUGAGAGGAAAAACUGGUAUUUAAACCAAUUUUCACAAACUAGACAUUUUCUAAAAUUUAUUUUUGUAUGAGUUUUAUAAGACUGAUUCUAAAGCCAACUCCUUGUGAUCUCAUCAGGGCUAGAAAGAAAUGCUUCAUGGUUUGUAAAGUAAGAUUUGGAAUCUUAGAUCUAGUUCCUGCAGACACUGGGAGAUGAGGCUAGUGGUGUGAGAUACGUGUUUGUUAUUCCGUGUCUGUUGAAUUAAGAUGUAUUCCCUGGUUGUUAAGCCCAUAUAUGUGGUAUAAAUAAAUAUAUGUAUUGAGUCUGUA